AUGAACAAGUAUUUGCAGAACAACUCGAGUGUGUGGCGAGCUUUUCUUUCCUGGGCAAACAUGUCACUGGAGCCCCCUCUCAAUGAGUCGUUUCCAGCAGUGUCCAGGUCUUUAUUGUAUGGUAGGCUGAGUGACCAAGUGCACGAGCCACCAGGCUUGGUUGUGCUUCGCUUGUGGAAUGAUACUGAAUACAUGCUUCGCGAGCUGGGCGCUCACAAUAGUCGGAAGUUGCGCAUGAGAGCUGAGCCACUAGAGCUGAGCCGAGCGUUGGCUGACUUGAUGAAGCCAGACAGGCGUCCGUGA